AUGAUUUCUCAACGUCUAUUCUUACAUUCUCAACGUUUAUCUUAUUCCUCAAUGUUCUAUCGUCGAUUUCUAACUGAUGUCAAUUUAGUUAAAAAUCUCUCUGCACCAUCAAAAGAUUAUGAUGCUUUAGUUAUUGUUGCCACAGAAUUAGAUCAAAUUAAAGAAUAUGUUCAUAAUUCAGUAACAAAAGAUCUUCAAACAUUUAGUCAAUUAAAUAAAAAAUUUAAUAAAGAACUUACAUUAAUGAUUAAUGAUAAUGUUCCAGGCAAACGACUUAUUUAUUCACCAACAGGCAAAAUUAAUCGAGAUUAUGAUGAUGUACGUCGUUUUACUGAUGCAGCAUCGGCCGGAAUGAAAAAAGCUUUAUCACUCGGUGCUAAAGCUCCUCUAAUAGCAAGUUUUGGUGCAAAACAAUAUCAACAAGCACAUUUAGUUUCAUUAUUAUCAGCACUUGAUACAACUUAUGUGCCAUUACAAAUUCGAGAAGAUAAACCUGAAAAAAAGACUAAAGUUGAACGAUUAGGUUUUUUUAUUGGUCAAACAUCAUUAGAUAAUAAUUAUAAUGAAAAAUUAAUCAACUAUGCUCGAGCUAUUGAAAUGGGACGUGUUGUUGCUAGAGAUAUUGGUGGAACAGAUCCUGAACGUAUGGCACCACCACGUGUUGCUGAAUAUGUAGAAAAUUUAUUUAAUAAAUCAUCUGAUGUGAAAAUUAAUAUAAUAAAAGAUAAAAAUGAAUUUGAAAAAAAUUAUCCUUUAUUUGCUGCUGUUAAUCGAGCUGCAAAUAACAUUGAUCGUCAUCAGGGUCAAUUAAUUUUUCUUGAAUAUCAAGGUCAAGGUGAGAUUAAUUCAACUUUAUUACUUGUUGGUAAAGGUGUAACUUAUGAUACUGGUGGUCUUGAUAUUAAAACCGGUGGUGGUAUGACGGGCAUGUCUUAUGAUAAAUGUGGUGCUGCUAAUGUCGCUGGUUUUUUUAAAAUUCUUUCUGAAUUAAAACCAAAACAAUUUAAAGCUAUUGGUGUGAUGGCUGUAACUCGUAAUAAUUGUGGUGAAGAAAGUUAUGCAACAGAUGAAAUUUUAAAAUCAAGAGCUGGUGUUCGGAUUCGUGUUGGAAAUACAGAUGCAGAAGGUCGAUUAGUUAUGGCUGAUCCAUUGUGUUAUAUAAAAGAAUUAGCACUUAAAGAAAUUAAUCCACAAUUAUUUACUAUUGCGACACUUACUGGACAUGCUGUUCGAUCAUAUGGAGAAAGUUAUACGGUAGUGAUGGAUAAUGGACCAGCACGAGAAAAUAGAGCAGCUCAAAAACUUCAAGUUAUAGGUGAAGAAAUUGGUGAUCCAUUUGAAAUUUCAACUAUUCGACGAGAAGAUUUUGAUUUUAUUAAUGAUAAAAGUGAAGUAACUGAUAUAUUACAAUGUAAUAGACGACCAAGUAAUGCUACUGAUCGUGGUCAUCAAUAUCCUGCUGCAUUUCUUGCACGAGCAUCUGGUCUUGAUAAACAUGGUCGUGAUUCAGAAAAACCAUUAAGUUAUACACAUCUUGAUAUUGCUGGUAGUGCUGGAAAAUUACCAAAUAUGCCAACUGCUCGGCCUAUUCCAGCUUUAUGUCAAAUGUUUAUUGCUGAUCGUGUUUUAUAA